AUGAACUUUGUUUUUCCUUUUUUGCUGGGCCUGGCGUGGCUGGCAAACGCUUCCUAUACUGCCUCCUUGCUCAAGACCAAUGAGACUGACAUUGUUACUCGUGAUGUUAACGGAUAUCGCUCUGUGGCCUACUUUGUGAACUGGGGCAUUUAUGCUCGCAAUUUCCAGCCUCAGAAUAUUCCAGCGAAGCGACUGACUCAUAUUCUCUACGCAUUUGCCGAUGCCCAAGCCUCUGGUGAAGUGGUCCUGACGGACCCUUGGUCGGACACUGAUAAGCACUACUCGACUGAUUCCUGGGCUGAUACCGGAAACAAUGUCUAUGGCUGUGUCAAACAACUUUUCCUACUCAAGAAGAAAAAUCGCAACCUUAAGGUUCUUCUGUCGAUUGGAGGCUGGACCUAUUCUUCCAACCUCAGAGCAGCCUUUCAGACAGAUGGGGGACGCCAGAAGUUUGCUGACAGUUCUAUUGAGCUGCUGAAGAACCUGGGCUUUGAUGGUAUUGAUGUUGAUUUUGAGUACCCUGCCAAUUCUAACGAAGCGGACCAAUUUGUUGAUACCCUACGCCGCCUUCGUGAGGCGUUAGACUCGUACAGCUCGACCAACGGAGACGGCUAUCAUUACUUGCUCACUACUGCAUCCCCUGCCGGCACGUGGAGAACUUUAAAUUACCAAAAUGAGCAUCUUGCCCAGAUGGAUCAGUACCUUGAUUUCUGGAACCUGAUGGCCUACGAUUACGCUGGACCCUGGGACGCCGUUGCUGGCCAUGGCGCUAACCUACACGUAUCCAACAACAACCCCUCCAGUACUCCGUUCAAUACAGACCAAGCAAUCAACUACUACACUUCGCACGAAGUCGCCUCCAACAAGAUUGUUCUAGGUAUGCCUCUGUAUGGCCGGGCCUUUACUGACACCAACGGUCCUGGCCAAUCCUCUAACGGUGUUGGUGUUGGUAGCUGGGAGAACGGUGUGUGGGACUACAAGGCCCUGCCUCAGCCCGGCUGUGCGGUCACAAAUCUGGAGCAGGAAGGGGCUAGCUACUGCUACAGCUCGGGCUCGCGUUUGUUCAUCAGCUAUGAUACUCCUAAUAUUGCGCGUAAGAAGGGUGAGUACAUCAAAUCAAAGGGGCUUGGUGGGGGUAUGUGGUGGGAGCUCAGCGGUGACACGGAAGGUGAUGAUAGUUUGGUCACGACGAUUGUGGAUGUCUUUGGAGGCACUAAGGCUCUGGACAAGAGCGACAAUCAGCUGAGCUAUCCUUCCUCCAAAUACGACAACCUGAAGUCCGGAUUCUGA